CGGUGUUAGACCGGUUACUAGCACGGCUCUUCUUAGUGUUUAAUGCCCCUCAAACGAUCGAAGGAUGUGGUCUUUCUUUGCGAGGGAUCCCGUUAAAGAUUUCAACUAUGAAAUCGUACCAGACAGUCCAGAUAAAACAGGUAUAUGGACGCUUCAUCGUGGGAAACGCAAGACGACUGGGGAGCCAGUGUCUGUUUUUUUGUAUGAAGUGGCCCAGGGUACAGAGGAGCAGACGCAGCUGGCCAAAGCAGCAUUCAAGCGCAUGAAGACACUGCGGCAUCCCAACAUUCUGGCUUAUGUCGAUGGACUUGAGACAGAGAAAAGCUUGUACUUGGUCACCGAGCCGGUGACUCCACUUGCAGCACAUUUGAAAACUCAGGCAGAGAAGGGUGGCUCAGGAGAGCUGGAGAUUUCUUGGGGCCUUCAUCAGAUAGUGAAAGCACUGAGCUUCUUGGUGAACGACUGCCAUCUCUUGCACAACAACCUUGGCAUUUGGGCUGUGUUUGUGGACCGAGCUGGCGAAUGGAAGCUAGGAGGGUUGGAUCAUGUAACCUCAGAACAAGGAGAACCUUCCUCGUUGCCCCCUGCCAAAAUAGUGAACCCAGACCUGGAGAAGUAUGACCCACCAGAAGGCUCCAGAGGCGGAGGAGAUAAAUGGUCAGGAGAUGUGUGGAGACUGGGUUGUCUCAUUUGGGAGGUUUUUAAUGGACCUCUGCCUCGUGCCUCAUCGCUGCGAUCUCUUGGAAAGGUUCCAAAGCAGUUAGUGCCGCAUUACUGUGAGCUGGUAGGAGCGAAUCCAAAGGCUCGGCCCAACCCGGCCCGCUUCCUGCAGAACUGUCGCACUCCUGGGGGCUUUCUGAGCAACAUUUUCGUGGAGAGUAACCUGUUUCUGGAGCAGAUUCAGAUUAAAGAACCAUCAGAGAAACAACAGUUUUUCCAGGACUUGAGUGACAAUCUUGAUUCUUUCCCUGAAGAUUUCUGCAAGCAUAAAGUCCUGCCUCAGCUCCUCACAGCCUUUGAGUUUGGAAAUGCUGGUGCCGUUGUCUUAACACCACUUUUUAAGGUGGGAAAGUAUUUAUCUGCAGAAGAAUACCAGCAGAAGAUCAUCCCCGUCAUAGUGAAGAUGUUUUCCUCUACUGAUCGGGCAAUGAGGAUUCGACUUCUGCAGCAGAUGGAGCAGUUUAUUCAGUAUUUAAAUGAAGCAGCAGUCAAUUCCCAAAUCUUUCCUCACGUAGUUCAUGGAUUCACUGACACAAAUCCAGCCAUUAGAGAACAGACAGUUAAGUCUAUGCUUUUGUUAGCUCCCAAGCUGAACGAGGCCAACUUGAACCAAGAGCUUUUGCGCCACUUCGCAAGACUGCAGGCAAAAGAUGAUCAGGGUCCCAUCCGCUGCAACACGACCGUUUGUUUGGGCAAGAUCGCCCCCUAUCUCAAUGCUGGGAUGCGUCAGCGGGUGUUAACCUCAGCAUUCUCCCGUGCCACUAAAGAUCCAUUCCCUGCAUCACGUGCAGCAGGAGUACUUGGCUUUGCUGCCACUCAUCACUAUUACAGUGUGAGUGAAUGUGCCAUGCGUGUCCUGCCCACCCUCUGCCCGCUCACUGUGGACCCUGACAAGAAUGUUCGAGACCAGGCAUUUAAAGCCAUUAAGAGUUUCCUGAAUAAGCUGGAGACUGUUUCUGAAGACCCGUCAAAGCUGGCUGAAAUAGAGAAGGAUGUGACUGCAUCUGCACAAGCAGGUAGUUCGGCAGCAACAUGGGCCGGCUGGGCGGUAACAGGAGUCUCAUCUCUCACGUCCAAACUCAUCCGGAAUGCUCCUCCGGGCACUGAGGGGGCAACAGCUGAAAACGCCCCUGCUGCUCAACCUGCAGCUGCUACCAGUGCCACAAAUACAGCAGGUUCAGAGACAAAAGCACACGCAACCAGUGCUCCCUCCUCCUCUACUGUUACUGACCAAACAGAGCACACACAUCAUACAGAACAGACAGAAGAGCCAGUUGCAGAUCGGUGGGACGAUGAAGAUUGGGGAAGCCUUGAGGACCCUGAGAAAGUGCAGACAGACCCAGAUGACUGGAACUCUGAUUGGUCCACUAUGUCUUCAUCACAGAAGAAGAGCAGUGCGGGGCGGACUUCCUCUGUGGCCAUGAAAAAGCAGAGCUCUGAUUGGAGCAGCUCUGGCUGGGACGCUGAUGAUAGCUGGUCCAACGAGAAGGAUACAGACGGUCAGGGUCAGAGUUCACCAGCAGAUGAGGGAUGGGGCAAUGACUGGGAAGACGAUGGGGCACUAGCAGAGAGCUUUACCCCGACCCCACGGACCAGUGCUGCAGCCUUUCUCCCUAAAAGUGCUAGUCCUAGCCCUGGGCAGGAAAGUCCACGACUGGCUAGUGAAUAUAACUGGGAUAGUUCAGGUGCAAAAGGGACAACAUCUGACCUGUUCUCUGGCAUGUCCCAGAGGGCCAGCACUGCUAUGAAGACUGAUGAGGGUUGGGGAACAAAUGCUGGAAAUGACUGGGGAGCAGAGAACUGGGAGUCCUUGGAUGGUGAUCAAGGUCUCAGUAAAGCCGAAUUAGCCAAGAAGAAGCGUGAGGAAAGAAGAAAAGAGUUGGAGGCAAAACGAGCAGAAAGAAAGGCUGCUAAAGGUCCCCUUAAACUGGGUGCACGCAAACUGGACUGAAGGGGAAAGAGAGAGGGAGAGAGGGCGCUAUCCUGAACCAGAGUUAUGUCCGAGGAUCAGGGUGGACCAGCAGCUGAACAGAGACGAAAGGGAAAUUGGUCAAUGCUUGUUCUUAAGGCAACAUUCCAUGAAGCAUGUGAAAUGCAAGUUAGAGGAAUCAGAGCUGUUUCUUCAUUGGCUGUUGGUUGGGGUGGGGUGAAGGAGUGACAUCGUACUGUUUACUCGCUAAAAGAUAUUUCUGAGUAAAGGAUCAUCCACUCUAAAUCAAUGACUUUAAUCUUAUCGCCUGAUAUUAGAAUAGAGGAAUGGUUCUUUUUAUACGGUAUCAGUACAUCACUUGUGCAUGGACACCUUUUGUUGGUAAAUGGCACUGGGAGUUAAUCACAUUUUUUUAUAUUAAAAAAAAAUAUAUAUAUAUAUGUUCUUCAACUUAGAUAAUUUAGUAUGUGUGUAUGUUGAAUAUACACUUCAUACUGUUUUCUCAUGCCCCUUAAUGAACAGCAAUGAUCUUUGAACAAGACUGGAAGGCUGCUUUUGUGUGUGUAGCAAUCACAACCCUGUCCUGCUCCCAGGUGGACUUGCAUAAUUCCAGUGCAUGUGUGGACAAUAAUAAAUGUUACAAUACAAAAUACCCAUGACAGCUGCUGUGACAGGGUCUAUGAUGACGUGAGGAGGCUAUUCACUGUUUUUAUUGUGCCUUUUUUCAUUUCCUUUCAGGCUGGGCCAGGAUGUCUUAAGAUAUUGAACGAUGUUUCCUUCCCCCACCCCCCCAGUGUUUUAUGAAAUGACUUCAGUCUGAAUGUUAGUUUUAUGAUCGGGUGCAAUAUGUGCAGAAGGACAAAUCCUGUAUUGUAGACACAUAUUACAACCUUAAGAAACAAUAUUAAUAAAAUCCUAUGGGAGCCUGUCUCUUCACAUGAA